AUGUUCGACAUCCUCCGCAAUCGUCCUCGACACGAGCGGUUACUACAACACGACUCCGAGUGCCAUGACGACGACGACACUCUUUUGCCUGGCUCUUCUUCGUCGACCUUACUGACGCUUAAAUCACCAGCGUUCCAAGGAUCGAGCCGCGAUGUCCGAGUCGCAGUGAGGACCCUCAUAGCAUGUACCAUCGUAUACGUAGGUGCUGCUUUGUGGAUAGCCUUCACUGUGAACAGUUCAGCUUUGAUCUCCGACCCAGAUGACUUUUGUAUCCAUCAUGUUUCGCGAUACUCACCGGUCGUCCGGGAUGUGAAACCAAAUUGGCAUACGCAGUUGUUCAACGGUAGCUUUCUUCAUCAGAACAUCUAUCGCCAACCAGCAGGACCAGAAGUUGAUGCUGCAUGGGAUGCGCUGGGUGUCAAUUAUCGGAGUGUUGUGAUACCCGACGAUGAAGCUGAGCGAACCGGAUUGCGGCACGACCAGGUGAAAGUCAGCCAAGAGUAUGGAGGUGGCUUCCCAGCGAACGUAGAAGGCCUCCAUCACUUGCACUGUCUGGACCUUCUCCGUAAAACCCUAUAUUGGAACUAUUCCUAUUAUUCGGCAAAGAAGGAAGGACCCUUCGUCAAUAGCGAGUACAUCGUGCGAGUACACACGACGCACUGCUUGGAUAUAAUAAGGCAGGUGCUCAUGUGUAAUCCAGACGUAGGUGUACUUGGUCAAGUGUGGUGGCAGGCCGACACUAUGCCAGACCCGACGCCAUUCGUGGACUUCAACACAAGGCACCGAUGCCGGGACUAUGAGCAGGUUCGAGAGUGGGCGGAGGCGCACCAGCUCCCACCAGAGACGGAGGUGAACAUGAGCCGUUUCUACGAGAUGCCGAAGCCGGGAGAUUUCAUCUUCCCUGAGAUCCCAUGA